AUGGAUAAUCAUGGCCCUCUUCCUGACUGGUACGCAACAUGGAGGUUGUUUUAUGGGUGGCAACGCCAAAUUGGAAUGCUCAUGUUUCUGCUUGGUUUGGUAACCACGGUAGGUGGUCAAAUUCGUUAUUCUAUUCCCGAGGAGAUGAAGAAAGGCUCAGUGAUUGGAAAUGUGGCUCAAGAUCUUGGUGUGGACAUGAAGAGACUCAUUUCAGGGCGGGCCCGCAUUUUGACAGAAGAUAAUAUCCAGUACACGGAGCUGAAGGCAGACAAAGGGCUUCUGGUCGUCAGUCACAGAAUAGACCGAGAGCAGCUUUGUGGAGAUGUGACGCCAUGUAGUUUCAGCUUUGAGAUCAUUUUAGAAAACCCGUUAGAACUGCACAGAAUAAUAGUCGAGGUUUUGGAUGUGAAUGAUCAUGCUCCCAUCUUUCCAAAUAAAGAUAAAGUGCUCGUAUUUGAGAUAAGUGAAUCUGCAAUGGUAGACGGGCGCUUUCCUCUACAGAGUGCAGAGGAUCAAGAUGUGGGGCAAAACGCAUUGCAAAAUUAUAUUUUGUCACCUAACGACAAUUUUAUACUGAAUCAGCAUGCAAACCCAGAUGGCAGUAAAUAUGUUGAAAUGGUACUUCAGAAGCCUUUAGACAGAGAGACGCAUCCCCAUUUGUCUUUAAAAUUAAUUGCAGUUGACGGAGGAACACCACAGAGAUCUGGUACUGUAAAUAUAGAAAUAAACGUGUUAGAUGCAAAUGACAACGUACCCAUAUUCAAUCAGUCAGUGUAUAAGACUAAUGUUAUUGAAAAUACAAUGAAGGGAACCAGUGUAAUUGCAGUAAAUGCAACAGAUGCUGACAGUGGCGUUUAUGGACUCAUCACUUAUAGUUUGUCUAAAAUGAAAGGUAAUGCAGCAGAUAUAUUUAAUAUUGAUGAAAAAACUGGAACAAUUUAUAUCACUGGACAAAUAGAUUAUGAAAGAAACAAAAAAUAUGAAGUAAGGGUGGAAGCAAAAGAUCAAGGUGGGUUGACUGGAACUAGUAAGGUUAUAUUUGAGGUUAAUGACAUAAAUGACAAUGCACCAGUUAUUAAUAUAAAAUCAUUUUCAAGUCCCCUGUCUGAGGAUUCACCUCCUGGCACAACAAUUGCAAUUCUUAACAUAAAAGAUGUCGAUUCCGACAGAAAUGGACAAAUUAAAUGUUCAAUUGAUGGCAAAGUGCCAUUUAAAGUUGAGCCGUCUCUCACAAACUAUUACAACUUGAUUUCAGAUCAAAACUUUGAUAGAGAAUCUGUCUCUGAAUACAACAUAACAAUUACAGCCACCGAUCUUGGAACUCCUCCUCUUUCUAGCUCAACAAAGUUACAUCUUAUAAUUUCGGACAUUAAUGACAAUGCACCAUUAUUUGAAAAAAACACUUAUACAGCCUAUAUCCUGGAGAAUAAUUCUCCUGGUGUUUCGAUAGUUGCUGUCACUGCUCGGGAUGCUGAUUGGAAUCAAAAUGCUAGAAUAUCUUAUCUUUUAGAAGACACCCAGAUCAGUGGCAGCCUAGUUUCUACUUUUGUUUCUUUAAAUUCAGAAACUGGUGUUCUCAGUGCAGUUCGAUCCUUCGAUUACGAGCAAAUGAAACAACUGGACUUGGUGGUCCGAGCUCAGGACGGAGGCUCCCCUCCGCUGAGCAGCAACGUGAGUGUGACCAUCCUGAUACAGGACGCAAACGACAAUGGCCCUCAGGUGCUGUACCCGAUCCAGACGGGCGGCUCGAUGCUGGCUGAAAUGGUCCCUCGCUCAGCAGACGUGGGCUAUCUGGUGACAAAAGUGGUCGCUGUGGAUGUCGACUCUGGACAAAACGCCUGGCUAUCAUAUAAAGUGCAGAAAGCCACUGACAGGGCACUUUUUGAAGUGGGCCUUCACAAUGGAGAAAUUAGAACUGUCCGCCAAGUGACUGAUAAAGAUAUUAUCAAACAAAGACUGACUGUUGUCGUGGAAGACAACGGGCAGCCAUCUCGAUCAUCUACAGUUAUUGUUAACGUGGCAGUGGCAGACAGCUUCCCUGAAGUGCUGUCAGAGUUCAGUGACUUUAGCAUGCAUGACAAGGACUACAAUGACAAGCUGACAUUUUACUUAAUCUUGGCGUUGGCUGUUGUCUCCUUCCUCUUCAUCACCUGCUUGCUGCUUAUCAUAUCAGUCAAAGUGUACAGGUGGAGACAGUCUCGUGUUCUGUACCAUGACAACCUGCCUGUUAUUCCGUAUUAUCCACCACGCUACUCGGAUACUUUGGGAACGGGAACUCUUCCGCACGUGUACAAUUACGAGGUUUGCAGGACCACUGACUCCAGAAAAAGUGACAUGAAGAAUAUGCAAGCCAUGAGUCAAAGUUUAGUGAGUGUGGAUGGAGCUGAUGGUGAUCCGUCACACGUGAACAAGCAGAUGUCAGGAAACUUGUCUCAAGUGUCAACUUUGGUGAGUGAAAUUUUGAAGUAUUUCCUGUAUUUGUUGCACUAG